UUCCUCCAAUCCCGAGAGCCAUCCCAAACCCGGCCCCCAGAGACCGAUCACUACGAACCGCAAGCUUGACCUCACGCCGCGCGACCUCCGACUCCGGUGACCCCGUUUCGUCCAAUCCGAACUUGCGUAUCUUGAGAAAAGUCUCCCUUUUCCAAUUCGAACACAAACUUCACGAUGCCGACUCCCGAGUCCGAGAUGUUCCUGGCGCAGAAGCCAAAGGUUCCCCCGACUUUCGACGGCGUCGACUACGACGACACCAAGGCGUUCAAGCAGGCACAGGACGCCAUUAUCCGCGAGCAAUGGGUCGGUGCCAUGAUGUUGCGUCUCGUCGGUGAGGAGCUGGGCAAAUGCUACAAGAAGGAGGGCGUCAACCACUUGGAGAAUUGCGGUCAUUUGAGAGAAAAGUACCUGGUUCUGCUCAAAGAGAAGAAGGUUAAGGGCACAUUGUUCGAGCAGCAGAACUACAUCAGCAAGCAAUAGACAGGCUGUGUUCGGUAUGAGAUGGAUUGGUAAAGUCCAGGAUUGGAUCAGGAGGCGGCGCUCUGGUAGAGACUUCUUUCAGCAUCAGAGAAGGGGAACGCAGAGACGAGGGCCAUGACGGUACCACGUCAAUUGGCUAGUGCGUGAUGGGUGAUAUCCCUCGCGAUAUGUACAAAUGAAUCAAAUAAGGCUUCCGAAGUUAUGCAAC